AUGGCACCCCCAAUCUCGUCAGACAUCUCAGACGACGAGAACGAUGACUUCGUCUUCAUCUCCCACUCAGACUGCAAAACAUCCACCAACCCUGCCUCCUUCUCGACGCCCCUCGACGAAAUCUCCGCCAUCGUAAACUCCUUCGCCGAAGACCUCUGGCCCGUCAACAGAAAAAUCCACGACAACCCCGAACUAGGCUACAAAGAGUUCAUCGCCCACGACACCCUUACAGCCUUCAUGCGCUCCCGCCCCGGCUGGUCCGUCACCCCCUCCGCCUACGGCAUGGAGACCGCCUGGGUCGCCGUCUACGACACCGGCCGCAAAGGCCCCGUGGUCUCCUUCAAUGCCGAGAUGGACUGCCUCCCGGGCAUAGGCCACGCCUGCGGCCACAACCUCAUCGCCUCCGCCUCCGUCGCCGGCGCCCUCGCCACCGCCCUCUACCUCUCCCACCACCCGUCCCUCCCAGGAAAAAUCGUCCUCUACGGCACCCCCGCGGAAGAAGGCGGCGGCGGCAAGAUCCGCCUCCUCCGCGCCGGCGCCUACGCCGCCCACGGCGUCGACCUCAACCUCAUCUCGCACCCAGGCAUCGUCGCCGACACGUCCCUCAUGCGCACCUCCGCCUACACCUCCUUUUCGGUGGAGUAUUUCGGCCGCGAGGCCCACGCCGCCGCGAAUCCCUGGCUGGGCAUCAACGCCCUCGACGCCCUCGUCACCGCCUACACCGCGCUCUCCGCGCUGCGCCAGCAGACCAUGCCCGGCGACGUGAUCCAGGGCAACAUCACCUCGGGCGGCGCGCGGCCGAACAUUAUCCACGCGUACGCCGCGGGGGACUUCGUCGUGCGCGCCGACAGCCAGGCGCGCCUGGCGGAGCUGCGCGCGCAGGUGCAGCGCUGUUUUGAAGCCGGCGCGCUCGCCACGGGCGCGAAGCUGAAGGUCACCGAGACGGGGAGCUACAAGGACCACGUGCCGAACCGACCUUUGGGGCGCAGCUACACGCGCGCGUGGAACACGCUGUCCACGAAAGACGGGAAGGGGAAGAUUCCCCUGGACGAGGACGUGGACGAGAUCCGCGGGCGGACGAUGGCGAGCACAGACCAGGGGGAUAUCAGCUACGCGAUGCCGAGUCUGAGUGUGGGCUUUGCGAUUCCGCCGGGGGAGGGCGGGCAGGGCCCGCAUAACCCCGAGUUCGCCGCGGCGGCGGGGACGCGGGAGGCGUAUGAGAUUAGUUUGAAGGUCGGCAAGGGGCUGGCGGCGGUUGCGGUGGAUGUGUUUACGAAGGAGGGGUUGUUAGAGGAGGUGAAGAGGGCUUGGAGGAGGGAUAUGGGGAUGGAGGAGAAGGUGGACGAUGUGAGGACGAGGGGGUUGUUAAGUUGGUGGAUUUGA